CUAAUUGCUAAUUUCUAUUAACUAAUUAAUUAAUUUUUUAUUUACUAAUAAGUAAUUUUUUAUUUACUAAUUAAUUAUUGUAUUAAAUUAAAUUAAAAACUGGCCGGGCCGAAAAAAUUAUGCGGCCGGUGCGCCGCCGGGCAGAAAAGAGUUUGCGGCCGGCCGAAAAAAAUUUGCGGGCGGCGCGACGUGGGGCCGAAAAACAUUUGAGGGCGGUGUGACGGCCGGUCGAAAAAUUCUUUCGGCCCGACGUCGCUCCGGCCGCAAAUUUUUUUCGGCCGGCCGACGAACACGCCGCCGGAAAUUUUUUGGGCGGCAUGGUCGGCGACCGGCCGAAAAAAAUUUGCGCCCGAGGCGUCGCCGGGCCGAAAGAAUAUUUCGGCCGGCCGUCGCACUGGCCGCAAAUUUUUUUCGGCUCGGUGACGUUCAGGCCACAAUUUUUUUUCGGCCCGCCCUUUUUUUUGCCGGAAAACUGGAAAACUUGUCGGAAAACUGGCCGGAAAACUAGAAAACUGACCGGAAAAAAUAAACUUACUUGUUUUCCGACGAUUGAGGGCGACGGGAGGUUAGCCGACGACGGAAGAACGAUGCCGGCGACGGAGGCACUGGGCUCGUCAACAGAAGUUUUUGUUGGAAUGAGUCAAAUGUUCCUGAUAUCUAAAUUUAUAGAAUGAAAGGAAGGGAAGGGAGGGAAAAUUCAAAAUUUGAAUUCAAAUUUUUUUUUUUUUGGUUGGCGGCAAAUAGCAAUUUGGUUGGCGGCAAAUAGCUGUUCACUAAUUUAUUGGUUCCAUUCAUAACAUUAUUAUUCGACAAUAGGUUGUUCAUGAUAAAUUAUCUAGAGUAUUGAUGGAGACAAAAAUGCAUCACUCAUAUCCAUCAAUUUAUUUGCUUUUGAAACUGGUUUUGAUUCUACCUAUUGCAACUAUAUGUACAGAAAGAGCAUUUUUAGCUUGAACUAUAUUACGAACGAGUUUCGAAGUCGAAUUGGUUAUCAGGUUUCUAAUGAUUAUAUUAUUUAGUGGGAUACAUGGAAAGAGACUUACUUAAAAGUGUGAACAACGAAUAUACUUUACAUUUCUUUCAAAAUAUGAAAACUCAUCGUGGUUGCAAACAGUAAUUGUAUUAGUCGGUUAUUUCAUUAUCUAUGAAUGAAUAAUUUGAAUAUUAUUAAUUUUAAUUAUAUUAAUUAAUUAUAUAUUUAUAUUUGAAAAGAGGAAAUGGGUAUUUUCAAAUCCUGCUUCCGCCACUGCCUCCGAUCAGCCUCCCUCUGCCUCGCCCGUAGUUUUUCUCCCCGGCCUCCGACUUCUGUCCAGACGACCGCUCCUUCUGCAUCCACCCUCCCCUCCAGCUCCGUCGACACUCGACAGUUGACAGCUCGAUCUCAAGCUUCCUUUGCCACCAGGUUGGGUCGGGUCUCCAUCUCUAGCUCGAGUUCGACCUUCCUCCCUCUGUCUGCCGUUCGAACAAAGAUUGGUAAGGGUUUGUUCGAUUUUGGCAGGUGAUUUUGGUUCCAAUUAAUGGAAACGCGAAGUAGAUUGCUUGUGUGGAAGAAGUUGAAUGGUUAUUUGUUAGCAAGGGUUUGUUUGAUGUUUUAAAUGUUAGGAAGAAGUUCGAAUUGUUAAUAAUCAUUUGGAAUUUUGGAUUGCUUAUGUGGAAGAAGAAUUUCAAUUGGUUAUGAUUCAAGAUAAGUACAAUAUAGUGUGACUCUUUCAAUAUUUUUGGGCUAAACCGGACUAAAAUGGAUGACCAAUUAAUUCUUGACCCACUAGUUCUACUUGGCCCGGUUCAACCCACUAUAACUUGUGAUUCAAGGAAUGGUCAGUGUUUUUAAUUCAUGUGCUCGAGAUACUCUACAUGCAGUGUGAAAGGGCGGCUAACAAAUAUAUUGCCAUCUAGAUUAAUCAAGAACUUGAACUACUGGACGGUGUUUCCUCUUGUACAGAGUUUAUGGGGUCAAUAAUUAGUGACGAAUGAUCGUCUUUAAGAAAAAGAGAAAAAAAAACCAUCAAUCGACCACAUAAUAAUUUUUUUAUUUCUAUCGUGAGAUAGUGUUCGAAUUACGUAUAGUCAAGAAGGAAAUAAUUCUCUGUUUUAACUAUAUGUGUACAUAUGUUAUAUGUACUGGACAAAUGUUGAUAACCCUGUUUCCUCAAAGACUGGUAUUUAGUCAUGAAAAUCUACAGUAGUUUAUUGGGUAAUGACUAUUUAUUAGCCAAAUCUUUUUCGAAUUAUUUUUUAUUAGUCAAACGUACCGAAAUACUAAGAAUUUGCCAAAUGUUAACUUUCAGUUAGCAAUUUUGUUAGUAAUAUUGACUUGGCAACAUGAUAAUCACUUGGAAAAGACACAUGAAGGUCACAUUCCAAAAUUUUAGUAUUUUCACUAAUAAAAAAGUUACAAAAUUAUUAACGAUAACGUAAAAAUGACUAAUAUUUUGAUGCAUUACGAAAGAUUUGACUAAUUAAUAGCAUUUUAGUAGGUUUGAAUAAUAUAAAAAAUCUGAAAUUUUUUUUAAUAAAAAAUAGAGAUUGCCCUAGUUUUUCUUAAAAUCUUUGUCCUUACUGUGCUCUCCUCUAAGCCUCAUUCCACGCACUGUAGAGUGUGGCAAGAAAUUGAUCUCAAGUCAACUGUCAAGAGUCAAAACUAUGGUUUUCUUUUGUAAGCCUGGGUAAAAGGCUAAAAUUGAGGAUACUCAAGGCCACGACCAUUAAUCCUGAGGCCGGGCACAACCAAUGACUCAGACCUCUAUGGGCCUUGAAUAGUCGAAAGUCCAACGAACCAAAACAUUGGGCCUUGGUCCACCUCUAUAUCUAAACGCUUUGAAACCUCUUGCCAGUUUCAUGUUCCCGCCAAGCCUCCAGAAUUCCCCCUUUUCAAUCAAUCGCGAAAACCAACAAAACUAAUAACAAAAGGAAGGAAGGAAAAAGCAAAAGAGAAAUCGUCCCUCCGGCAAUAAUUCCUUUCUUCUAUAGCUAGUUUGGUGCCCGGCCUUUGGCCGGCUAAAACUUAUAUGUUUUAUUUUUAUUUCAUAUCAUUCUUUAUUAUUUUUAGGAUAGUCUAUGUGAUUAGAUUUAACUUGUAUCCACUUUUUUGUGUGGCAACUUGUUGUCUGCCUCGUUGGAUUACAAAUUACCAGAGUUUUUUUAUUGUUUUAAUGAUAGGAUUUCACUUCCUGUAGUCAUGCAAUAUGGUCGUUAUAGACGAACAUAUUUUUUUAAAGCACAUACGAUUGUAUUAGGUAUACAAAGAUUAGAGUAGAUAAAAACACCAUUACUGA